AUAAUGUUGCRCUUUGCUGAUUUGCUUGAGAAGCAUGCUGAUGAAAUAACAGCUCUUGAAGUUUGGGAUAAUGGGAAGCCAUAUGAUCAGGCAGCAGCAGAUGAAAUACCCCUGCUCAUUCGUCUUUUCCGGUAUUAUGCUGGCUGGGCCGACAAAAUCCAUGGCCUCACAAUUCAGGCUGACGGUCUGCAUCAUUUCAGACCCUGCAUGAACCCCAUUGGUGUUGCAGGGCAAAUUAUACCAUGGAACUUCCCUCUUCUGAUGUAUGCUUGGAAGGUUGGGCCUGCAUUGGCUUGUGGUAACACUGUAGUACUUAAAACUGCUGAAAAGAUACUAUUAUCUGCCCUCUAUGUUUCAAAGCUUUUCCUUGAGGCAGGACUUCCUCCUGGUGUGCUAAAUAUUGUAUCUGGUUAUGGUCCUAGUGCUGGUGCUGCUCUUGCUGAUAUUACCCAGUCAGCCACCAACUCGUAUCGGGAAGUACCGUUUGCGGAAGUUCAUAGGACGAAAAGAGAUUUUUUUGCAGAAGGAAUUUUGCAAUCCUUUGUUUCGAAGCUGUAUGAGGCGGAAGCUCCACGUACGAUCACUAUGUCAUCAUCUAAUGAAUAUUCAGCGGACGAAUCCGGCUACGUGAUUGGCCGAUCUAGAAGAGAUAUAUCAAUCAAUAUGGAUGUGGACCCAUAUGAUCCUGAGGACUUAGCAACCAGCGAGACACCUACCUUACCAUCGGCAUCAGUGUUACCUCCAUCAAAGCUAGUACCUGACCUUCCACCUCAGACGUUUCAUGGCCCAAGGAUUAGGGUCACGGCCAGGAAAAGUGUAUCUCUACCUCGAAGGGUGACUUUCGAGAAUUCUAAUAGAACCAGAGGAGAAGCAUCCCAAACUCAACCUAGGAGUGGAGACUCUCGAGUGGUGACUGGAGUACCUGCAUCUUACACCCAGGGCAUGACUCUGGAUGAACGAGAGUGGGUACGAAGAAUUGUAGUGGAAACCCAAACUCACUAG